AUGCAAAUCAACCCUUCGAGAGCCGAUCUUUGGAGCGGCCAUAAAAUCGGCCUCGUCACAAUGGAGAACCCAUUCAGCAACAACAUCCGCGAGGAGAGCUCAAAACCAACGCCACUCACGCACGGAUUGGCUUUAGCGUCCAUUAAUGAGCUAUUGAAAAAUGAUAGCAGAAAUGAUUCCGACGCGGCGGAAUUAUCA